AUGCCCCGCCACGACGACGACGAGUUCUACGUGCGCUACUAUGUUGGUCAUCGUGGUAAGUUUGGCCAUGAGUUUAUGGAGUUUGAGUUCCGCAACGAUGGAAAGCUCCGCUACGCCAACAAUUCAAACUACAAGAAGGACUCAAUGAUUCGGAAAGAAGUGACGGUGUCCAAGUCCGUGAUUGACGAGGUCAAGCGAAUCAUUAGCGAUAGUGAGAUCACAAAAGAAGACGAUAAAGAAUGGCCGGAGCCAGAUCGUGUCGGGCGACAGGAGUUGGAGGUGGUACUUGGCAACGACCACAUUUCCUUCACGUGUGCAAAGAUCGGGUCGUUACUAGACGUGCAAGACAGCAAGGAUCCCGAAGGUCUGCGCGUAUUGUAUUACUUGGUUCAGGAUCUAAAGUGUCUCGUAUUCUCACUGAUUACACUGCACUUCAAGAUCAAGCCCAUUCCGUAG